AUGUACAGGCCAGGGGCGUCGUCAGUGGUUCAUCUUGGGCUCUUCCUUAGGCGGCCCCAAGAAGCGAAGUCGGCGACGCAGCGUGGCUUCCCCGUGGCGCAGACCAUUGGCGGGGAGAGGAGAUGGCUCCAACUAGGGCGUGUGGCGCCGCGCAGCUGCUCGGAGAAGGGGCCGAGCGGAACCCCGCGGCAUCGCGCGGAGAAUAGGCGCGAGGCGGCCGGCGCUCGAGCUCUGCUGGCUGCUAGUGCUAGAGCAGGACGGCUCCGCGGCGGCGCUGGACGGCUGGAGAAGUCAGGAUCAGGAAGGUUGCGCCAGGAUUGGGAAUCGGCGACUCCGCGGCGCCGGCGCGAAUGCAGAGCAGGCGGCGCCGCCCCGGGUCGAGGGAGAGUGGCCACUGGCCACGAGCCCACGAGUCCAGGAUGCCGGGCUGCCUGUUGGUCCAUCAAAAUUCUUUUAGGCCGGUUCUGGGCCUGUACGAGCUACCGUGUGGGCCUGACACUGGCGCUGGGGAUUGACCAAGAGAGACUCCACUGCCAAAAAGUCCAUUUUUGUGUUUUUUUAUAUUGA